AGCAUAAACCGAACACUUCCUCCAACAAACAAUCCUUUCAGAAGACACUUCCGGGAGAUGUGUUGGUCGCUUUUUUCGCUACUUUUAGUCUUAACGCUAACUUUUUAGAUCAACUCUAUUAUAAUUUUCCAAAAUAAAAAGUUAACAAAGACGCAGGAAUAACCCGACACAUAGAAAGUUGAAGACAAGAGGACGAAAAUAAGGAGGAGUCGCUUUUUUUAACAGACUUUAAGAAGAUGAUGGAGGCAUCGGAGGAGAACGGAGACGUCGCUGCCGCGUCCAACACCACAGAGGAAGAAGAAACUCCUCCAGAGGACAGACGUCACGACGAUGUGGACUUAAAGGAAACAAACAGGAACUCCAACCACACAGGUGAAGACGCGGCUGACAGUUCGACGACGGCCGCAGCAGCAGAGGUCGCCGUGGAAACGGACAAAAGCAAAGAUAAAGAGGUGACGGUCGUCCCCCAGAAACCAAACGGUGGACCUGUGGUCAUCGAAGCCGGCAACAAGAACCUGGCCAGCGAGAAGCUGGAGCGAGUCCGCAAGUGGAGCAUCAGCAAAUACAAGUGCACCCGGCAGGCUCUGGCCGAGCGGAUGGGCCGCGGCUCCCGGACGGUGGACCUGGACCUGGAGCCGCGCCUGGAGCUGCUCAGAGACGACCGGCAGCGCUACGACCACAUGACCAAGCUGGCUCAGACGCUGGCCAGUCAGUUCGCCCAGUUCUCCGUCACCCAGAAGGCGAUGGCCGACGCCUUCACUGAGCUCAGCUUCAAAACCAAGAACCUCCACGUGGAGUUCGACAUGAACGCUGAGGCUCAAAAGUUUCUGUCGAAGAGCACAGAGACCCUGCAGUCGGCCAUCAACGCCUUCACCUCCGACAUGAACACUCUGGUGAACAAAACCAUCGAGGACACCAUGAUCAACGCCAAGCAGUACGAGGCUGCCAGGAUCGAGUACGAUGCGUACCGAGUGGACCUGGAGGAGCUGAACAUGGGCCCACGGGACGCCAUCACCCUGCCUAAGCUGGAGCAGGCCCAGAAAACCUUCCAGGGCCAGAGGGAGCGGUACGAGAAGGUCCGGGACGAUCUGUCCGUCAAAGUCAAGCUGCUGGAGGAGAACAGGGUGAAAGUCCUCCACAACCAGCUGUGGCUGCUCCACAGCGCCGUCGCUGCUCACUGCUUGUCAUGUCACAGUUUCCUGGAGAAAAACAUGCAGCAGGCCUUCGAACACCUAAACGUCGCCAGCGCUGACGCCCCCUCCUGGCUGGAGGAAAGCUGACAAGCAUCAGGAUCAGUUUGAGAGACUUUAAGAUGCGUUUGAAAGGUUUCUGUUCGCUUUAUGCUGGGAGUUAGAAGGACAGUAAUUUAUUUUGGGUGAUGAAGGGGACAUUUGGGUUUGAUAUGAAGUUGUUCUGAAAUUAUUUUUGUUUAAAAAUGUAAUUUUCCGUUUUUGAAUCACAUAAUUAAUUGGAAGAAACCAACAGACCCUCUUUGUUUCCUCGGCCUGGAUUCAAACCGUUGUUCUGUAAAUCCGUUAAAUCCUCUGAGAGGCGCUAAGCUUCUCUUUGAACUCUGAAAAUCUGCUGCCGCUGCAGUCAGAGAGUCACAAAAGGUGCCUGAACGCCACGGCUGGAAAACAACUUCAGAGUGGAUUAGGGAUCUCAGUCCUCAGCCGACUAAAACCGCACACCUCUGUUUGCAUUUCCUUUAUUAGAAAACUAAACACUCAGGCAGCUCUCCGACUUUACAAGCUGGGAAACAUCUUUUUAAUACAUUUCCUUUAUUCACCUCAGGAAAAUCAUUUUCAAGAGCCGAACCCAAAUUCAGAUGAGAAGUUCAAGGUUUACAAAGAUUCAGUAAAAUAUUAACAAACCUCCAUUCUGACUCCAGACAGCUGAGGAAAUGAAGGUCUGGCUUGUUCACAGAUUCAGAUUUAAAACCUUUACCAGCUUUACAGCGACCAGUAGUUUGGAUCGAGCCAUAACUCAGAUGCUGAGGUUUAUUUUGAACCCGAGUCUUGGUAGCACUCGUUUUGGUGGACCAAAGAUUAAAAUGUAUUUUGUAUUCAUGUUGAUGACGACGUCUUCUUCUUUGUUAAAGUUUAGCUUUGUGUUUGAUGUGAUUAACAUCCAGUUAGCUGUUCUGUUGGUCGCAUAACAGAAAAAUCUGAAAUUCUUUAAUCUCUUUCUUCUUCUAUCAGCUAAAUUAAAUGUUGCUGGAAAUUUUCCAAUGAUGGUUUAAUCUUGAGCUACGUAUUUGUGUUUGCUAAAGAUGGUGGGAUGAAAACUGUUUCCUUCAAGUGACGUUUCAUUUUUAUGUUUAUUUAGUGCGACUCUUCAAGCACAACUUUAAUUCCAAUAGUAUGAGACUUUGUGAUUUAUCUUAUCCUUAUUUACCAGGUUUAAUAAUAAACUAACACAACUUAUUUUCUACAAACCAAAAAGGGAAACAGAAGAUCACCAUAUGCUGAUGAUGUUCAACUCUUUGUAGUUUUGUUAACAGCAGGUUGAGCCGUUUUAAAGAUAAUUCAGUAACAUUUUUCUCUCUAGUAACAGUCUGUAUAACACCAACUAACUAAAUAUGGGAAAGUUUAUACUUUAUCUCUCCUUGGUGGUGGUUAAAGAUGCCUUCACUGAAUGGAGACCCUGCUAUGUUUUCAAUGAUUCAUGAGAAACGUAGCCGGAUCGCUGCAAACUUGGAAACCUUUAGACGAUGUGGAUGCUGCGAUGCCUUCAGUUCUCACCAAACCGUGUUGCUUUGUUUGUGGCAGAUACAACCGACCCAAACCGCACCGUUCUGCUCCUCCUUCAGUUGGAGGUCAUCGGGUCAAGGGUUCGGUUUGGGUGAAGCUGCUGGCGACACACAACAUGGUCCGUUGAUUGGAGGACAAAAACAACGUUGCUGAUUGGGACAAAGACAACAGAUAGUCGUCACUCUAGUAUGACGUAACGUCAGUGGUUUGGGUACCAAACCAGUCCGUACCGUACCGCUCAAUGGAAACAAGGCAACUGUGCUUUCAUAUCCAAAAUGAAGCCUCACAUUCUAGAAAAUCAAACCUCCUAGGAAAGGUUAAAAGCUUUGUGGAACGCUCCAUAAAACAUAAUUAUGUCCCCAAAACGCAAUCUCCAAUAGUAUCUCUAGUGGUCAGCUAUCUCAGACCAAAAACCUGGAUUUAAGCUUGAUUUACUCCCAGAAGUCCAUCUGGACAAUCCAGGUUUGAUUCCAGAACAUCAAACUGAUCUGCAGAACGUUUUCUCCAUGUUUAGAACCGUUCUGGAUCUAAUGAAUCCUUAGUAUUUUUCUUAUAAUCCCCACAAAAACUCCAUCAAGACUCUGCAAAGACCGACCAUGUUUUAAUGUUUUUGUGCAGCUUGGUCUUCAUUCAGUUUCCAGCUUUUUCUUAAAUUCUGACAUUCCAGAUCAUUCCCAGCUUUCAGCACUUUGUUCAGUUUAAUCUGUACUCCAACGUAAAAUCCCAGUUUAUUUCCAGGCUGUCAUUGUUGGAGUGAACAAGUAAAGUAUUUGUUUCAUUAGAAGAUUUCAGAGUCUUUGUCUGAGAUUUUCUUCAGCACCAAAUCUUUAAGUUGGGAGCAAAUAUGGACCAAAAUGUCUUCUUUUUAUGACAAAAUUAUUGAUUUAAGUUGGAAAAGAUUUAGUGAGUUAUGUUGUUUCCUAAUGUCAAACUUUUAUGUGCUUUACACGUUUCUUAUGACUUUUCUGUUAUGUUUGCUCUUGUUUCUGAAUGUAUUUCUUUUUUUCUGUCCUUCACCUCGAAAGUAAGACAAACUAUGCAGAAGCUGUGGAUUCUUGUGUGCAAUAAAGUCCUGACUUUAUUUAUGCUUAAGCUGCCAAUAUGUAACAGCUGCCUUGAAUAAAUGACACCUUUAUGGGA